AUGUCGAAAACCAAGACGGCUAAAUCAGACACGCUAACAAGUGUAUCGUCCACCGAUAUCGGGCGGCCAGCGCAAUACAAGCAGCCCUCUAGGAAAGGAAAGCGUUCAUGGCGGAAAAACAUUGACUUGUCUGCGACGGAGGCUGCGCUCGAGGACAUUCGCGAGCAGGAACGCACAGUGGGUGCGCCUGCGCACAAGCGAAAAGAUGCUGAGCUCUUUGUAGAAGAUCGUUCAGGUCAAGAAACCCAACUUGCACGCCAAGCUCGCGGGAAGCGGAAGUUGAAGUCCCAGGAAAUUCUGGCACAGCGCAGUGCGGUGCCUGCUAUCCCCCAUCGACAGCGCUCGACUUUCCAAUUGGAUACCAAGACCCGAGGUGGCAAAGCUGCAGCCAGUGGUCUGUCAGAGAAAGUGAAACGACGUCUCCGUAUUCUUGCUUCGCGACCACAUGAGGGCGAACAAGGUUUAUCGGAGAUGGGCAGUGCUGGUAAGAUCCAGAGCGAUGCUGUCCUGGCAGAGAAACAUGAUUUGUGGGGUGCUGAAGCACCACAGCCUGCUAAUGACUGGGUCGCACCUGCCAUGGUUACAGGUAUUCAUAAGCCACGCUCUAUGCAGCAUGAACCGCAUGCACCUGCGAAAGUGGCGCCUGCUGUUACAAAGCCGCAUCCAGGCACAUCCUACAACCCCGAUUUUGACAGCCAUGAAGCAUUGAUCCAGAAAGCCUUCGACAAAGCCAAGACGCAGGAAAUGACAGAGGAAGAAGUUAAGCGCCUCACAGAGAAGUUUAAAGAUGUAUCACGUCCCAAGAAUAUGGACUCGUACAUGGGCAUGGUGAUUGACCAACCAGAUGAGUCAGCUGCUGACGCGGAGGAUGAUGAGAAUGAUGAUAAUGAUCUACCACAUGCACCCAAACUACCCGGCCGCAAAACCAGUGCACAGCGACGCCGUGAAGCUCGUGCGAAGGAGCAGCAGCGCCAGGCUAUGCAGCGCCGAAAGGAGCGCCAGCUUCGUGCUAUGAUGUCCGAGCUGCCCACCCACCUGAAGAAGAUGAAAAAGGUGCAGCAAACACGAGCAGAAAUGAUUCAGCAGCGACGUGAAAGGAAGAGACAGCGUUUGGAGGAGGAAGGCAUUGCCGGGUUCAAAGUGGGGAAGCACAAGGUGCCUGAGCAGCGCAUGGAUGUGCAGACGGGUGAAGAGCUCAGUGAAAGUUUGCGACAGCUCAAGCCAGAAGGCAACUUGUUUUGGGACCGUUUCCAGAGUCUACAGGCUCGUGGUCUCGCAGAGGCACGUAAACCUGUGCUACCGACACGUCGUCGACUGAAGACGAAGACGUAUGAUCGUCACUCGUUUAAGCGAGACUAA